GAAGAGUCCACCCCUUGAUUUCUGCACCAUUAACUCUACUGCUAUUGUCUCGGUUUUCAGAGGAAGUGGCACACUCCCCACACAAAGAAACAUAAAGGUAUUCUUCUUGCAAUUCAGCUUGCAGUUUUUUCUGUUGCCUUUAGAGUUCGUAUCUUUGUCAAAUCCAAAAAAGCACACCACAGGUCAUCACUCUGAGGGAAGUAUUUUUAGCCCGUACAAACAGCUCUGACCAGCCAGACAGCAGCUUCACCAGUACAACACACUUGCAACAAGUCAGAGAAGUAUGGAGAACGAGACAAAGAUGAUGAUAUUCUGUCUGCUUUUGGCAGCUCUUUGCAGCCCUGUGUUUACUGGAGAGUGGACGGCAACUAUUCCAAAAGACCUUGACGCCCUGGUUACAUCCUGUGUCGUGAUACCCUGUUCAUUCACCCAUGCUAAAGAAAGGCUGCCCCAUUCCAGACUCAGGGGGAGCUGGCAUAGUACAAAAAACAAAGAUGACUGCAUCUAUCAUGAGGAUCAGACGCAGAUCGUGGAAAACUUUCGGGGCCGCACACAGUUGUUGGGAAAUUUGGGCGAAGGAAACUGCACCUUGCUAAUGACUGAAAUUAAAGAUCAUGAUAAUGGCCCUUUCUGUUUUCGGAUUGAAUUAGUACCAACAGGGACUGAAACAUCCAAAAUUGACAAGUUCUCCUUUGUUAACGAUUGCGUCCUCUUUAAAAUGAUCACUGAACCUCCAAAACCAACUCUGAUUCACCCAAAGACAGCAGUUCAAGGUCGUCCCUACACCAUCACCUGUUCAGUCCGCCAUACCUGCCCCUCCCAUAUACCUAAACUCACAUGGAGCAGAGGCACUGCAGAUGAUAUCAAUGAACUUCACAGAGAAAUUCAUGGUGGCUUCUGGGAGGUUCAGUCCACUCUGAUUGUCAUCCCUGAGGAGAAGGACGACCACACAGACAUCACCUGCACAGCCAAAUUUAAUGGACCGAAGACAUCCACUGAAAAAAUGACACUUUAUAUAAAACGUAAAGAAAACUAUAACCACAUCAUCAUUCCUGCAGUAGUAGGGAUCGGCACUGCUGUGAUCUUUGGAGGCCUCUGCAUUUUCAUGAUGAAAAAAUACAAGAAUCGCAUUGCAGAGCUCCAAAAUCAGGAAGGCAGCAUGUGGAACCGGCUUUCCAGGAUGUCUCGCAGGAUUCGUUCUGAUGGCCCAGGACCAUCUCAUACUGAUCGAAGAAGAUCUAUUUGGAGCAGAUUUUCGAGAAGGCCUAAUGCUGACAGGUCAGAUUUGGAUCAUAUGCCCAAUAACGAAAGUUCAAAAUCCGGUGCCUACCAGAAAACCUCCAAGCCUCGUUUCCCAUCCCCCAAAAGCCAGCCAAAAUCCUACAAUUACAAAGAGGACCUUGAUGAUGGUGAUGAUUACAUAAAUACUGCCGACCUCAACGUGUAUGGAAACCUCUGAAAAAAGAAAAGCAUUUGUACCCACAGCAACCAACAAACCAAUCAUGCUUACAAUGAUCAUUUGUAUUAAGUCCAUUUACUGCUAGCAGUUUUGUUCUCUUCCAUUAAUUAUAAUAAUAACUUUAUUUGUAUAGCACCUUUCAUACAAAAAAAAUGCAGCUCAAAGUACUUCACAGCAAAGGAAAUUACACACACAAAGUAAUUUACAUUAAGCACAAUAUAUCUAAUUCUGUCACUGUAACUUUAUGUUUAAAUAUACAAUAUUAUAUAUAGAAUGUUUUUGAAUGGCUGCCAUUAUGUUUCUGCAUAACUGUAAGUAUGCCAUGUUUAGGCAUGGUGUCACCAAUGUUGGUCCUAAUCAAAAUGCCACAGUGAUUUUGAAUUAAAUAAUCUGAUAAUAAGAUGAGGAGAUUGAUACCACUCUUCUGGCUGUCUGUUAAAUGUAAGGCCACAGCCAGCAUCUUAGCCAACAAGCACAUCUUACACUCAUUGUUAACAUGCUGUUAAUUAGAUAUAUUUUAAAGAGCUGGAAGGCAGUUAGCUGUUUACAGCUGUUUUUAUGCUUGGCUGAGCUCCAUUAAUAUCUAUUUGCUAGUGCUAAUGCUAGUGUAUUUUAUAUUUCACAAUCAUUUGCAAGAAUGUUUCCAUGUACUAGCAAUGUAAACCAAGUUUGGUCAGAUACAUGGAUUUCAUUAUAGAAUUUAAAAACCCUCCUUGUGGCAAAUAUCCUCCACCCACGUUUUUGGGGAAGUUAGGCUACUUAAAAUGAUGCGUGGCCAGGGACUUUUGCUAAAGGUGGUGGAACUCUUCAUAAACAUUCAACUCUAGUGGUAAGUCAUUUUAGUCUUUUAAAAAAAGCUACAUAAAAGAAAAUUUUCAGCAUUCUUAAAGUGUUAUUAGUUAAUAUGCUGAAACACUGUAUUUUAAAGCAUUUGAUCAAAUUCAUGUAUCUAUUUUUUUGUGAUAUCAUUGCUUCUGCAUAGUGACAAAAAGUAGCACAGACUGGUUUUUAUUAGAAAUCUGACACAGUUUAGACUAAAUUUAAGCGCAGCCAAGCUCAAGAAAUCACAGACUUGCAUGUUACAAAAAUAUCUGUCUCUGUCUUACAAUUCAAAAACAAAAUGUAAAAUUCUGAUUCCUGUGGGGGAGAAAUGCACAAAAUAAUAUUUCUUAAUAGCCUGAGAUCAUUUUGCUUGUAACCAUGAGUGUCUCAGGAGUUUUCUCUUCCUGUUUUUCUUUUUUAUACCAUAUUGCCUAUAGCAAUAACUGGCCUGAACUUAGAACACUCAAAUUUUAAGUAAAGCAGUUUAACCGCUUUAGAAAGAAGUGAAAUUAUCUCAGUCUAUUUACAAAAUUGGUGUAUGUUUUUAGAUGUAACAUAAUGUGGUUUGUUUUUUUUAAGUGCCUUUAGAUUGUGUGUUUUCUAUGGCAUUUCUGUGAUAAAAAACAAAAACAAAACAUGUAUCUCAUUAUGUUAUUUGCUGUUAUGUUAUUUGUUAUUAAUAUACUUAAUAUACUGUUUGUCUGCA